UGGUGAUGUCACGAGUGUGGCCCGUGUUCGUUCCAGCUGACUCGAGCCGCUGUCCGAGCCACGUCCGUUUCGCGGUCCGCAUACAGAGAGACUACUGGGAAGGAGCGCGCGUGAGAGAGCGGGGACAGAGCGCGAGGCACGGUGCGCGAGGGAAUGACAGAGUGAGGGCGGAACAGCAGAGCCAGGGACCGCUCGUCGCUCCUCUCACUUCUUUAUUUUGCAUUCAGACGGAAACUUACACAUUAAAGAAUUUAUUAUUUGACGGUAAAAGAACUGAAAUACUUCCAAAUCUCGACUUCAAUCUGUUUUUUUUUUUCUAUUUUUUUUAGUUCGCUGGCAGUAAUCUCGGUGUACAGUCGGCUGUAAUCUCUUCAACUUUCCAUGGACACCGACCGUCGUCAGAUAUUUUUAUUUUUUGAAGAAUAUUUUUAUACAAACUGGGAAGGAAAUAAGCCCAAUGUGCUUAUAAACGUCGAUAUAUUAUAAAGCAGUCACCUAGACUCGCACAGACUAGAUUUAUACAGAGGAAAAAAGGAGCAGCAACAAUUUCCCAGCUAACUUUGUUUACAUGUGAAGUGGAGCUCCUGCGGACACAGCAAGGAGCAGGAAACCGAGGCUUUUCUACACGUUCUACACAGCUUCUCGAUCGGAAAUCCAUUUCCCCCCUUCUCGUCAGGCCGCGCGACGCUCGUGCGUUAUUUCACAUUUUUAAUUUCUCCGACUCCGUUCGAUUCGAUUGCCGUGUUUUUGCGGCACACGGUGAUUUACUAGUUGUCACUGUACGAAUCAUUUCGGACUUCAUUUUUCCCCUUGAGACACUUAUGUGGUGUCGGGUCUCGAGCCGGAGCGUAAGAACAGCAAUAAAUUCAAUGAAGAGUAAAUAAGCAGUGCACUGAAUCAUUGCACUAACUAAGGAAACGUCACUUAUAUUCUUAUUUGGUGCUCGACCGGACGCCUCCUCCCUCCCCGUCAAAUCGCCUCCGCUCGCCGGGAACCAUGUCCAGGCCCCUGUCUCAGAUCCUUCCCCCGGAGCUGCCCGCCGGAGCCAGUCCACAGUUCGGCGGCGGCGGCCAGGCGGGCGGCGCCCCGGGCAGCGGCGGCCCAGGCAGCGGACACCUGAGCUCCAUGGCGAGCCUCAAGUCGCUCCUGCAGCUGCCCAUCAAGGCGGACCAGCGCACCAAGGACUGCUGUGAUAUGAAGGAUAAGGACAAGCCUCUGGACUCAGAUGAGGACUCCCUGGGUGGGGCAGGUGUGGGCAGCUGCACUCUGCGAUCCUCCUCCCAGUCAGCCUUCCUGGGGCCCCUGCUAUGGGAGCGCACCUUGCCCUGUGACGGGGGCCUGUUCCAGCUGCAGUACAUGGACCUGGAGGAGUUCCUCACGGAGAAUGGCAUGGGAUGCAUGCACAGCAGCAGCUCCAGCUCUGCCCAGAUCCCCUCUCAGAGUUCCCCGUCUGCCAUUCCCAGCCAGAGUUCCCAGUGCCCUCCGUCCUCCCCUCCGCCCUGCUCGUCAUCCUCCUCAAUCUCUUCUAUGUCCUCCUCCUCUCCAUCACUGCUAGGGUUGGAUGUACAGCAGGCUGCACAGGGCCUUUUGGGGGCGCCAGAGGGCUUACAUGGAGGGCAGGCUAUCCCUCCGGACCCUUCAGCUUCCUCCUCCUGUCCUCCACCCCCUGUACCCCCCUCCACCAAUGCCACGGAUGUCAUGGUGAACUUUGACCCCGAUCCUGCAGACCUGGCACUGUCCAGCGUGCCAGGACAGGAGGCCUUCGACCCUCGGAGGCACCGCUUCACAGAGGAAGAGCUCAAACCACAGCCUAUGAUCAAAAAAGCCCGUAAAAUGUUGGUGCCAGAGGACCAGAAGGAUGAUAAAUACUGGAGCCGACGGUAUAAGAACAACGAGGCAGCAAAGCGAUCACGAGAUGCUCGGCGGCUAAAGGAGAACCAGAUCUCAGUGCGUGCGGCCUUCCUGGAGCGGGAGAACGCAGCACUGCGCCAGGAAGUGGCUGACAUGCGCAAGGAGCUGGGCCGCUGCCGUAACAUCCUCCACAAAUACGAGAGCCGGCACGGGGACUUAUGAGGUGCUGCAUAGGGUGAGACGGGUGAGAAGAUGCCAUGGAGCUUCAACACAAAGAACGAACUGCUGGAAGAUGGGCAUGGAGGAAAAAGGUGGUGAAGAUACAGCUGUACCUUUUUUUUAAUCACAACCCUUGUAUAAUUUUUCACUGGGGGUGACAGUGAACACACAGGGCAUGUUGGGAAAUGUGUGAAAGGCAAAGAUGGAUCAGGGGAGUUCAAAAGCAGUGAGAUGAUUUUGACAUAGGAUAAUUGUAUAUUUUUAUAUUUGCAAAGAGAGAUGAAAGGAAACUUUGGAAAUAAUUUUGUAUAUUUUAUAUAUGGGGAGGGAUUGGGGGAAUAGGAAAGAGCAACUUUAACAUGUUUUCAAAUAGGAUUUUUGUCAAAUGAUAUAUUUUAAAUAAUGAAUGGUUAGCUAACAUCGACCUUGA